GUUAGCUAGUUAUACAACCAACUAUCAGACUUUUGUGUUGGACCGAUAAAAAAAAUUCUGAUGAGGGGGAAGGGACGCGCUAACGUCAACGGUUAACGUUAGCAUGUUUUUACAACUUUAACUUACGUAAAACAAUACCUAUCUAAGAUCAUUAUUGAAGCAUGACACCUUCAGAUAACAGUAAAUGAGACGAAAUAUGCCAACUUGAGCUAGCUCGUCUGCCUCUAAAAUGAUUUUGAGAUUUGUCGUGAUGAAUCGCAUUUCCUAGCGAGCUACAGUGUUGGCUAGCUAACGUUAGUAGGAAAAUCAAUAUAAUGGUAAUUUUGUGAGGUUAGCCAACUGCAUUUUUAACAGUAUACAGUAAGUGUGCAUUUCGCAUGUGUUUCUAGAACCGUAUAUUGAUAAUCUAUUCACGUUUAGGUGGUGUUCUGGCUAUCAUGUAACGUUCGGCUCCUUAGGAGUACAUCACGGGUUAGGAUAGGGUCUGAAGUGCAUCUAUAAAAGGAGAAGCUUCCCAGGGUGGUGCGACAGGCUCCAGAAACUGACAAAACACACCGGUGCAAGAUCAAGUUGACUUACAAAGAGCAAGAGAGGGAGUGCGGUGAUGUAGUGUCCACAACUAAAGAGGCAUUGUGGAAUCUGAGAAGACACGCCUCCCGAAACAUGAUGGUGUACUACAUGCUAACAGAAAGGAAAGAGGAAACAUUCUAGAAGAGUUCCUGAUCCUGGUAUCUGUUUAGCCCCAGCUGGUUGACCACUGUAUCAGGGGCAAUGGAGAGGCCUAUCCAGCCUCUGAAGACACUAUUUCAUAGGCUAAGUAGUGAAAAACCAAGAGGAGAUAAUAAGAGUUUUGAGCACUUGAGACCGCUCUCUGUUUAUUCUAGAAUGAUAACUUGUGAAAACGGUAGGGUUAGUCCUAGCGGCACUAACCAGUCAUGGAAUUCAUCCAAUCCAUUCUGCAACUUGAAAAUAGAGAUUGUGAACAACAAUGCCCCUACAAGACACAAGAGGCGAUUGGAUGACUCCUGCCUUGAUGACACGUACGAGACUACAUACAAAAAGCCCUGCAGUCCUAAGGCCAUCUCCCCAGACCUGGCUUGUGUUGUAGUUUCAUGCAGCAUCCUUCCAGAUGUAGCCACUGUCUCCCCUACCACUGACCUCCAAAAAGUGCCAUCUAGUGUUGAAAAUACAGUCAAAGAUAAAGGUACAUCCGAAGCUGUGAUAUGUGUGCCAAACUCAGGAGAGGCUGGAAGUAGACCGGGUGGUGCUGUAGCUCCAGGCGGCCCCGUAUCAAACGAGUCUGAGGCCUCGUCUGAGACCCUGAGCCAUGAGCCUGAGAAAGUCUCGAUGGACCUUGGUCCUGUUUUUGACUUUGACGUUGACGACAUCAUGUGCCUGAGCCCCAUUGACAGCGACAGGGGGAGCGAUGAGGGCAUUGAAGCCUUUGUCGAUAGCUGUAACAGUUUUUACGACGACUGCACCCGUAACCCCAGUGACGGCGACACCCAGCAAACUAAGCCUUUCUUAGCUCAUAGUUCAACACAGAACCAUGUUUCAAGGGAGGGAUAUGACAUAGGAGAGCGGGAGGAGGGGAAAGGAGAGAAGAUGGUGGGAGAAGGAGAAAGGGGAAAAGAGGGCAAUGAGGAGAUAAACAAUCAGGAGGACAAGGAGGUUGUGAGCAUUGAGGGUUUUUUUUCCAGGUCCUACCUUGCAGCACUUAAAGCAGGAAAGGAUGUGCCACCCCUGCAGCCCCGCAUCUCGUCCAGCCCUUUGUUUAUGGGGAGGGAGGUGAUGCAGAGGCUGCAGGUGGCUGUGUCAGAUGAUGGGGAACCUCCAUGUCCUCCAGGGUUCCCUGAUCCCAAUGGGGGCCAGGCUAUGGUUUGCCAGCCGCACUACUCUUUCACUUCGGAGGAUGUAGCUUAUGGGUUAUAUGGGGCAUCUCUGGUCGCAGUGGAGGGUGCAGAUGAGGGCUUGGAGGGUACGGCAGGGGACGAUUGGAGUAUCGGUGCCCCGAUACUGGAGUCCUCAUUGUGUCACGUUGCCCCAGUGGAGUUCAAUGCGGGUUGUGAGGGAAAUGUGGUGGAGGGGGGGGGAGGUGUGCUUGAUUCAGUUCAGGAGUGCCAGGUCACACUCCUGGCCGAAGAGGUAACCGUGGAGCCCAGCUACGAGAAGGUGAGGUCAGUAUUGGUGGUUCCCAGCGUGCAACAGAGCAGCAGCAGCCAACCCUCAACGCCGCCUGAGCAGAAAGUGUCUGAGACCAGGUCUGUGCAGAAACCUUCUCUGGAGAAGAAUGUUGUCAAGACGACAACAAGACCUGUCCAGAAACCUUCACCUGGACAGAACAUUAUCAAGAACACAAUUGUCCAUAAACCUUCGCUUGGGCAGAAAGUGACAAAGAUAAAACCUGUCCAGGCAGCUUCAACUUCGUCUGACCAGAAAGUGGUCAAUACAAGACCUGUCCAGAAAACUGCACCAAGGCCAGUGGUCUAUGACAGGGAGGAGGACUGGCAGCGUGAGAAGUGGCUCUAUGUGGACUCAGUCACCAGACACAUAAGGGAGAACAUUGGUGCAGGAGAAGGGGUGAUGACUGAGCUGCUGAACCUGAUGAACCAUGUGGCCGAUCAGAGACCAGGCACCAACGGCAGGCAGUGGCAGCACCCCUCGGAUCUCACCCGCAGAAAUUACCAAAGACGAUUUGGAAAUGACAGAACAAAUUACACUCUGGACGAAUGGCAGAACCAGAACUACAGGAACCACCAGCGCUUUGCCAAUCUCCCACAGAUCUUUGAGAGAAGUCCAGUUCUGUAAAUCCAAGCAACAAAGCAUUUUACCAGAGGAAUGUAUAGGGAAGUACACUUUUAAAUUUGGCAAAUGACAUCACUCAGGUCAUUAGGUGUCUAAGAUUUGAGCUCUUAUAUUGUAACGGUUAAACGGUUAAAACUUGAAUUAAUCCUUUACUUCUUCUCAGCUUUUAACAAUGUCUUUUGUUUUUGUUUGAAAUUAAUUAAUUUAUCCUCGCUCAAGAUUUGUAUGUUUAUUGUUAGUGUCUUGAAGCCCAGAGUUUUUUUUUUUUCAAUUUGUUCGAUCUUGUUGUACUUGAAUUUAAAUUAUGUUCCUUUCAGCUUACCAUCCAGUAUAAUCAUAACAUUGAUGACAGAAAAGGAACAAAAAUAACGUAAUAGCCAAUCGUUGUGCCUGCCUGUCUCCUGUCUGCACUUAUUUCCUUUUUGUACUGUCACUCCUCGUUUGUGCUAGGCACCUUGUUUGCACAGGCUUUUUUUAAUGUUUUAAAGAACUCUUUUUUGAAUAUUGUGCACAUUUCCCUGGCUAUACUCUUAUUUGUGUAGUUGAAUUCCUUUCCCCAUACAUGUUGCAUUCUUGCUGUUGAAGUACAAACAAAUCAUCCAACACUUUGUUAGUACUUGGUUCUGAUUAGCCCCUUGGUUCAGUUGGAACACUUUGAAGGGACAAUCAAAUCAUAACUGAUCUACACCAUUUCCAAGGUGUGGUGCCAUAUGUAUUGUUCCAGAUGCUGUUCACUUACUGCCUCUGGCCUGUCAUUUGUUUAUUAGCAUAUGCCUGAGUAUUUGAGGCCAUGUUAUGGUUGCUUGACGUUUUUGUUCCAUCUUAGAUUUCUUGUGUAACAAAAUUAAGGGAGUUUGUCACAUGGAUUAGGUCAACUCUUAAUUCUCUACUUUAUCUAUAUUCUGUGCAGCGAAGCAAUAUGGAUUGGCCUUGUAUUGAUGCUUGUGUUGGAGAGACAUCUGUAAACAUAAUCUAGUGUGGGAAAUUGAUGAGAAACCCGAUUUGUAGGGAUCUGUUAUGUGUUGCCUAUUUUCUUUGACAUUGUGAAUCUCGGCACAUUUCUCGCACAUGUUUCUGAUUUCACAUUAAAAGCAGUUGCCUGAAA